AUGCAGCUCUUCUCUUGGCCUCGAUCCCAUCUUCUAGAGAUCGGUGAUCAAACCUGGUGCCCAUCGUGGCUUCACCAGCACGAGCAACUGGUUCUCACCCAACUGUGGAAUCUUCAAGUUCCCGGAUGGAGCCAUGGAAGUCUCGCCAAACAGGCCUGUGCAGUGUUCAGAGAGAAUCUUAAAGAUCUUUCUUCAUACACAGUUCUGGAUAUCUGCGCUGGUGCCGGCGGUCCUACCCCAGUCCUUGAAUUAGAGCUCAAUAAAGAACUUGAGUCCGAGGGCAAGGGGCCUGUUCAGUUUGUUUUGAGCGAUCUUUAUCCCCACGUUGAAGAGUGGGAGCGAAUCUCAAAGAAGCAGCAGAACGUCACAUAUAUCGAGAGUCCGGUGGAUGCUCGAGCUGUUCCUCGAUUAGCAGCAAAGUCGAGGAAAGAGUGUCGGAUCUUCAACAUCUGUUUCCACCACUUCGGAGACGAAGAUGCAGCUGGAAUUCUGAAGAGCGCAAUUGAGACUGCUGACUCAUUUAUGCAAGUCAUCAUUCCAUCAAUAUCAUUUGUCCCGCUAGCUAAUUCGAUACUCUUCAGCAUAUUUGAAAUCACGUCACGCGAUCUUUGGACUUGUCUAUGCUCGCCUUUGGUCUUCUUCUGGACUUUCUUUGUAACUCUUGUUUGGUACUGGGACUCGCCGGUCCAUCUCUUCUUCACGUUCAUUCUUCCCGUGGCACCUCUGACUAUCUUCGUUGAUGGGCUUAUAUCCUGUCUUCGAACCCGCACCGCAAAGGAAACCUGGCAGCUGCUGGAUCAACCAGAUCUUGACCUUACCAACUGGAAAUUCCACAGUGGGAAAAAGACUGUUCAAUUUCCUUUCAUCACUUUGUAUUAUCAUGUUGGUAUAAAAUCAUAA